AGGCUGAAGAGAAGAUGAGAUUAGCUGUUCAGGCACAUGGGACACUUUAAAGAGUUUUUGUUGCCUUUCUGGUGGAAGCAAUGAGGACUUCAAGGAGGAAAGGUGAAUUCCUUUCUGGAAGGUGUUGAAGGCACCUAAAGCAUCACAACGGCCAUAUUGUUCAGGAUUUCAAAGAGCAAUCGUUUAUCUUUGUGGAUACAAGUAAACGGACAAUGGUGUCCCGACCAUCUGCUCAAGCUGCUUGAGAACAGUCUUCUGUGCAAAUGGCAUGAAAGGUUCAAAUGACACCUUUGUAUGCCUCUAGGAUCAUGCAAAAUGUGCUGUGAGACAUCCAUGUGGAACAGAUAAUUAUGCCACAGGACCUGUAGGAGACCUGCAGCCUCCUAAUGGGCUUGCUGGAGCCAGGAAGGAACAUUCCAAGAACAGUCAAGCAUCAAGUAUUGGAACUGACAUCUGAAUUAAAGAGUGUGCAAAAAAUCUCUUCCCUCUUUAACUAUUGGAACAACUAAAAUGGAAAACUGACUAAAAGAGACUGGAGUCUGCAGUGUUUGAAACACCUCUGGGAAAUGAGAAAGCUUAUGGGCUACUAACAGCCUUUAAAUGCUUGCACCGAUGCCAUUAAAUCCAGAUGUUUGACAGGACUCAGCCUUUCUCUGAGUUCUGCCUGCCGCACAGCCAUACGUAUUAGAUGACUUUGGGACUCGUUUUGCAUCAGCGAUGAAGGGAUUAUCUGGCAGCCGCAGUCACCAUCACGGGGUUGCCUGUGACCCUGCAUGUGACAGCCUGCCACACCACCAGGACAGGAAGCCAUAUUUGUUAAACCCAGUGGAGCCCCACCCCACAGACCACCCUUACUACACUCAAAGGAACUCUUUCCAGGCCGAGUGCAUGGUGCCCUACAACGAUCAGAUUGCCAGCAGCACGUUUCCCCGGAGGCAUUACAGCUCCCACCAUGAACUCAAGGACGAGUGUGCUCUGGUUCCCCAUGGAACUGCCAACAAGACCAACCGCAUCCCUGCCAACCUUUUGGACCAGUUUGAGCGGCAGCUGCCCCUGAAUCGGGAUGGCUACCACACACUGCAGUACAAGCGAACUGCCAUGGAGCACCGCAGCGACAGCCCGGGCAGGAUCCGGCACCUGGUUCAUUCUGUCCAAAAGCUCUUCACCAAGUCCCAUUCGCUGGAAGGACCAUCCAAGGGCAGCGUCAACGGGGGGAAAGCAAGCCCGGAGGAGUCACAGACGAUGAGGUAUGGGAAGCGCAGCAAGAGUAAAGAAAGGCGAUCAGAAGGUAAGCCCAGAUCCAAUGCAUCGGGAUGGUGGAGUUCAGAUGACAACUUGGACAAUGAUGUUUGCAUUUAUCAUGGUCCCAGUGGGGUCAUGACCAUGGGAAGAUGCCCUGAUCGCUCUUCUUCCCAAUACUUUAUGGAAGCCUAUAACACUAUUAGUGAACAUACUGUGAAGUCCUCCAGAAGCAAUAAUGAUGUCAAAUGCUCUACCUGUGCAAACCUGCCUGUGAAUUUGGACUCCCAGUUAAUGAAGAAAAGCUCUUGGUCCUCUACAUUAACCGUGAGCAGAGCCCGUGAAGUUUACCAGAAAGCAUCAGUUAACAUGGACCAGACAGUGGUGAAGGCAGAGACGUGUCAGCAGGAACGGUCAUGUCAGUACCUCCAGGUUCCUCAAGAUGAAUGGACUGGCUACACUCCACGAGGAAAAGACGACGAGAUUCCCUGCCGCCGGAUGCGUAGUGGCAGUUACAUCAAAGCCAUGGGGGACGAUGACAGUGGAGACUCUGACACAAGCCCGAAGCCAUCUCCAAAGAUUGCUGCACGGAGAGAGAGUUAUCUCAAGGCCACCCAGCCAUCCCUUACCGAGCUCACCACCCUCAAGUAA